CACAGCGGCGGCCCCGAGCGCAGCCGGCUGCCAUGUAGGGCCCGGCCUGCCGCGGGCACGGCGGCUCCGAGCGCCUUCCCACCGGCCGCUGUCGCCAACAUGAUGGGCUGCAAGUCCAACUCGCUCACCUGCCUGCAGGGAGGCAAAGCGGGGCUGCCGCUGGCCGCGGCCACCGACUCCACGGCCACGCUGAACAAGCUGGCGCUGGCCACGGGCGGGACGGAGAAGUCCUGGUACCGCUGCAUCUUCCCCUUCGGCAUCGUCUCGGUGGUCAUCGGCGUGGCGGCGACGUGCAUCACCUUCACCAUCAACGGCCCGCAGAUGGACAUCGCCAAGGUGGUCUCGGUGGCCACCCUGAUCUUCGGGGUGGGACUGCUGGUGGCCGCCUACGUGUGCUGGAGGGCCAAGCGGGAGCGGCAGCAGAGGAGGCAGCGCCAGGAGCCGGGCUCCGUGGAGCAGGGAGCUCAGUGACGGGCUGCAGGAGAGGAGAGGCUCCGCCUGGACACCCCGGGCAAGGACCACGCGCCCCACGGCAUGGGGCUUGCAGCCCCGAGGAGGUCCACGCCGUGCCCGAGGUCAGCCUGCCGCCGUCCCACACGUGGCCAUCCCCGUCCCACCACGGGCUGCGGGUGGCCCUCGCCGGGACCCUUCUUGCAGCCAACACCGAGGGACCCCCAGAGCGGCACAGGAGUGCUUUGCCCACGCACAGCUCUGCAGAACGCGGUGACGCAGCUCAGCAGGCUGCUCCAGGCCCGUGCCCCGCAGAGCUGCUCCGGGAUGGGGAUGGAGCAGCUUGCACCAUCUGGAGACCUCUGCUGGGGGCACGGGCAGCCCUCUGUCCCUUUUGUGGCAGUGACAUGCGAGGACCCUGGCGGCUCGGGACAAGUGGAGUUUUGGAGGAAGGCCGCAGGGCGUGGGAGCGCGUGGGGCGGUGCGGGGCAGUGGGAGAGGCCGGCAGCAGGCGGUGGUGCUGGAGCGUGAGCGCGGCUGAUGGCAGAAGGGAUCGUGACGAUGGCUGCGGUGACAGCUGCGGUAACACGGGUCUGGGCUGAGGGCGGCGGCCAAGGCAGCAGGGGCUUCACUAAGAUGGGGUGGAGGAGGAUGGCACGGGGCUCUCACUGCCCACCCGGCAGCAGCGUGGGGGUUCCAGGUCCCUCUGAGGGUUCCGUGAGCUUGGGGUGCUCGGUGAGAGGGGAUCGUACUGAGAACCCCUGCGGCAGCCCCUGACUUGGGGCACCUGGAAGUGGUUGUGACAGGACAGGGAGCUGCAGUGGCAUUAAAGAGAAGAAAAUUCAUCUUUACUGGUUAUUUGUAAGCUGUGAAACGAGGCUCCCGCUGCCAUUCUUUGCAUUCGGCUUUGAGCUCUUUCCUCUAAAAGUGAGUGUGAGGGAGAAUCCCACUGCAGGACUCCCAGUGCUGCUGUACCCCCACCAGCCCUCUACCUUUGGUGCCCCCGGAGCAGCUCCACUCCUGCAGAACACACAGAUGUGCCGGGAGCUGUGGGCAGCAGCCGGGGCUCUGCGUGUGCAGCAGAAGGGAGCAAGCAUGGCCAUAGCUGCGAGCAGGGCAAGCGGGGAGGAAGCGAUGCUCAGAGCGCAUGGGAAGCUGGGGGGCUGCGACCCUGCUGAGCUCUGGCUCUGCCUCAGAGCUAAACCUGGGGCAACCCAGCCGUGUCCUGCACCCCGCAGUGAGCACAGCCCCAGCCCUGUGGGCACUGGCAUGGCUCUGUGGGGCUGGGCUGUCACACUCAGGGAUGUUGGGUCCACUCUCAGCUGUAGCUCCUCCUCCACGAGCACUGUGGAGCCGGGGGCUGUCACAGGGGCCAGCACAGCUCUGCAGCGGGUAAGGAGUUCAGCAGGUGCCUCAGGCCAGCAGUCCUUUGCAGGUCUGUCUGCUGCCUUGGUGUCUGUGUAUCCAAAGUCCGUGAUUUCGGCACAGCUCAGGAGAAGCCAACUGGCCAUUUCUCCCCACAGUAUUUGCCCCGCGCCCCAGCCCUGCACCCCCAGCAGGAGCUGCAUGAUGCCACAUGCAGGGAGUUAUCACACCUUAUUUCUCUCCUUAUGCACCGGUGUGGGAGCCGGGGGCUGGUGGGCAGCAGUGCUGGCACAGGGACACAACAGACGGUGGUGGGAGGGGGGGCACAGCAGGCGUCCCCUGUGCACAGACGGACUCUGGCAGCAUGGAGUCGUGGCCCUGCGCCCCAUUACAUCACCCCCACCUGGAUCCCGUACACGGCUCCUGGUGUCCAGUUUCCUCUCUCUGCUCAGCAGGAGCACGUUGGGGCGGCACGAAGUGGGGCAGAGCGCACCGGGUAUGGGGCAGUGGUUCUGGGAGCACAGAGCUGGGCCGGAAAGGGGAGUGCUGUGCAGGGCGGUGCUGCUCCCGCUGCUGUUAACUGCUUCAAUGGGUGCGAUAUCUCUAGCAAGGAGCACACACAGAAAUGCCUCCUACUGCCUUCAGUAGUUUUAUUUACAUGGACACACCCUGCCAAGUUCCCCCUGUGGGACGCUACUGCAGCACAAUGGUUGGAGGGCGAAAUGUAGAGAACAUUUAUCUCCUUAAGGAGCACAGAGUGAUUUCUUUGGCUGCAGGAAUACAUGGCUGGGAAGGUUACACCCUGCUCAGCAAAGACCCCGGUCCCACACGGUUGGACCCCACGUGCCCGGCACCCCCUGCUCCCCACUGCCCUGUGCCCUGUGUAUGGAAUGGAGCCAGUGGCCGCCCCUUGGCCAAGGGGUGGUGGUGCCACAGCACCCCAUCCUCAGCCCUGUGGGUGCCAAGCAGCAUGCUGGCUGCAGCCAUUCCCUUCCCAGUACAGGGCCACCUUGCUGUGCGUCCCACCCGAGCGUCCUGCUGCAUAUCCCGAGGCCAUUUCACAGGGUGCCCUGACACACACCUCUGGCUGCUCGGAGCUGUGCCUCCCAUCAGAGCGCUGUUCUGGGGAAGGUAGAUCACACGGCAGCCCUGCCCCAGUGCAGCGGGCAGUGGGUUGUUUGGCGGCUGCAGGCAGGCAGCCCCGCAGCUCUCCUGUCACUGUCUGUGGUACAGGACACUGUUUACCUUUUCCAGGUCAAAAGAACCAAAAAUGAAUAAACCUGGAAAGCUGUA